AUGGCACCUGGGAUCAGCCCGCGGAUGCAGGACGGACGGACGCUGCGCCAAAGCAGACGAGGUGCAGCAAGCAACACGCACUUGGGCACGGUAUUUUCUGGCAAAAGUGUCCAGUCCCCACGCGUCCCGGGAUGGAUGAUGCUGCCUGCCACAUCGCUGCUUACGACUCCGAGCCUGCGCAGCCCAUCUGUUGGCCUCGCCGACGCUGCAUGCAUCAACAUGGACAAAAACCUUGGAACUGCCAAACCGGGAGCCCUGGCACCCCAUGACUUUCGCCACCAUGCCGCCCGAGCGACUACUCCUGGGCGGCCAUCCUACGUGCCGGCCUGCCCAUGUUUGAUGUCAAGCACCCGGGCCUGCACCGCUGAAAAUUUAUUGUCGCGAUAG